UUUUCUGGCUAUAAAAAUGUCAUUAAAAAUAAAAUAAAGGGUAUAAAGUUAAAACUUUUUUCCAAAUAUACAAUGUGUUUUUCCUUUUUAGUAAAACAAUAAAUAAAUAAAUAAUAUCACAUGAAAUGUAACUGAGGAAAUAUUUAUUUGUUUAUUGUGACCUAGAAUUAUAUGAUGAAGAAAUUGUGGAGGCCAGUAAGGGGCGUCAUGUCCAGCAUAACUUCCAGGCAGACAUGAAGAAGGAAUUAAGAGUGGUGGCUGACAUGAUGAACCUUUUAAGAACUCAAAAAAAAAAAUCUGGACCUUUAUUUAGUCCCACAAAAUUCUCUUAUUUAGCGUAAUCCUCUCUUGUUUUAUAAAAAGCUGCUAAGUUCUCUAGUCGUACGAAUUCAAGGAUCUCUCUAGUCUACCCCCUUUACAUACAACUCAAUAUCCUUUCCAUUGUUUUUUCUCUUCCCUUAUUUUUUCUAUCCUAUCUUGAGAGAUCCUUAAUUUUCUUCCUCAUUAUUGCAAGACAUCAUGGCAAAUGCUGCAUCUGGAAUGGCUGUGGUAGAUGACUGCAAGCUGAAGUUCUUGGAAUUAAAAGCAAAGAGGAUCUACAGGUUCAUAGUAUUCAAAAUUGAGGGCCAAGAAGUGGUUGUGGAGAAGCUUGGAAGCCCUGAAGAAAGCUAUGAUGAUUUCACGAACUCUUUGCCUGCCGAUGAAUGCCGCUAUGCCGUCUUUGAUUUGGAUUUCAUCACUACUGAAAAUUGCCAGAAAAGCAAGAUUUUCUUUAUUGCUUGGUCACCUGAGACAUCAAAGGUGAGGAUGAAGAUGGUGUAUGCGAGCUCAAAGGACAGAUUCAAGAGAGAAUUGGAUGGAAUUCAAGUUGAAUUGCAAGCAACGGAUCCCAGUGAAAUGAGCUUUGACAUUAUAAAGUCACGAGCAAUUAUUUGAAUCUAAGUUUACCGUCUUUCAGCCCCCUUUCAAUGCAGUUGAAUUCUAGUGUCAUGUUCCUUUUAAUUUAUUCAAUUAUCUCUUUUGGUUGUGUUCAAAUCACACACUUGAUAUCAAUAAAAACACAAGUUCUAAUAGACUGCAGGACUGAUACUAUGAGUAGGGCAAAUGCCUUCAUAGAUUAAUAGAAAGGUUCUUUUAGCAAGUUUUCACUUAUCUAAGGAAUCUGUCUAUUGACAAUUGUAUUUGAGAGAAAGAGAGCUAUACUUAAGUAAGUUCCUUCAGUCGACUUCUUUUAAAAGUGAAUUUUUAGAUAAGCAAAUAGUCAUGUAUGGAUUUCAUCUGUGUAUUGUGGUACGUAAUCUUAUGCUCUUGACAGUGUAGACGGUGUG